GGCCGGGCAGGGCCGCAGUCGGUGGGCAGGCAGGUUCGGGCACCGGACAGCGGCCUCCGGACCCCACGCCUCCGUCCGCUGGUCCUGCACGCCUCGCACCGCAGCUGGCGCGGGACCAGGUCUCCGGACGCCCCCGCGUCCCACGUGUGAAUUGAGUCCAUGAUGCCCGCGCCGCUGGGCCGGGGGUCCUGGGAGGCGCCUGGACCCGGCUGGGCCGGCCGCUGAAGCAGAAAAAAGCUUAAAAAGUCCCUCUUUGCUUAGAACCGAGGAGGCCCAGGAGGCAGCAGUCUUUCGUGACGUGGUCCGUUUCGCCCCGGACCCUUUGCCAGUUAGAUACUAUGACAGGGACACCACCAAGCCCAUCAGCUUUUACUUGUCGUCACUGGAGGAGCUCUUGGCGUGGACGCCCGGCGUGGAGGACGGCUUCAACGUGGCCUUAGUGCCCGCCCAGGACCGGCAGCCCCCUCUGAGCAGCCGGCGGCCCCGGACCUUGCUCUGCCAUGACAUGAUGGGCGGGUACCUGGACGACAGGUUCAUUCAGGGCUCAGGGGCCCGGAGCCCCUACACCUUCUACCACUGGCAGUACAUCGACAUCUUCGUGUACUUCAGCCACCACCUGGUCACCGUCCCCCCGGUGGGCUGGACCAACGCCGCGCACAGGCACGGGGUCCGCGUGCUGGGCACUUUCAUCACCGAGUGGACAGAGGGGGGGCAGCUGUGCGAAGCCUUCCUGGCCGGGGAUGACCGCUCGUUCCAGGCGGUGGCGGACCGGCUGGUCCUGCUGGCCCAGUUUCUGCACUUCGACGGCUGGCUGAUCAACAUCGAGAACUCUCUGAGUCCGGCCGCCGUGAGGAACACGCCCCGCUUCCUGUGGUACCUGACCACUCAGCUCCACCAGCAGGUCCCGGGGGGCCUGGUGCUCUGGUACGACAGCGUGGUGAGCAGUGGGCAGCUCACGUGGCAGGACGAGCUGAAUGAAAAAAACAGGGUUUUCUUCGACUCCUGUGACGGCAUCUUCACCAACUAUAACUGGGGGGAGGAGCACCUGGUGCGCAUGCGGGGCCCGGCCGGGGAGCGCCUGGCCGACGUCUACGUGGGAGUGGACGUGUUCGCCCGGGGAAACGUUGUGGGCGGCCGAUUUGACACCAACAAGUCGCUGGAGCUGAUCCGGAAGCACGGGCUCUCGGUGGCCCUGUUCGCGCCCGGCUGGGUGUACGAGUGUUUGGAGAAGACGGAGUUCUUCCAGAACCAGGACAAGUUCUGGAGUUUGCUGACUUGCUACCUGCCCACCCACAGCAUCUGCUCCCUGCCCUUCGUCACCUCCUUCUGCCUGGGCAUGGGCACCCGCAGGGUCUGCUACGGCCAGGAGGAGGCGGUGGGGCCCUGGUACCACCCGGGCGCCCAGGAGCCGCAGCCCCUGUUUGGGGAGCACAGGCUGGAGGGGCCCGGGGAGGGCUGGGUGAGGAUGCACAGCUGCCUGGCCGACGCCUGGAACGGCGGCAGCUCCCUGCUCAUCCGGGGGAGGAUCCCGCCCGAGGUGGGACACGUGGCUGUGAGGUUGUUCUCCCUGCAGGUCCCGGUGCCCCCCAAGCUCUUCCUGUCCCUGGUGUAUAAGCUGGAGGGGACGUCGGAGGUCAGAGUGGCUCUGGAGCUCACCACAGGGGACGCGGGCAGCUGCUCUGUCGGGGGCAUCUCGGCGUUGAAUGCAGAAACCAGCUCCCGGCACAGACCCCGACCCCUGCGGGUGCCCCCCACCAAGCUGGCCAGGUGGGCGGCCCGCUGUGGCCAGCAGCUCGGCGGGGGCUGGGUCCAGCGCUCGGGCCUCGGACAGCAGCUGGGCGCCCGGGCUGCUGUGGCUGUGACCGCCGUGACCCGCGUCUCAUUGGCCUCCAGCUGCUACGAGCUGAGCCUGCGCAGCUGCUUCCUGCAGGACCUCUUCGUCAGCUUCUCCCGGACUCCGGGCAGCCAGGAGGAGGAGGACUUCGUCUGUCGCCUCGGGGAGAUCCAGGUGGUGGACGCCGACAGCCUGCUGAGCCCUCUGCCCCAGGUGCAGGCCCUCUCCGUGUCCAGGGUCGGCUGGCAGCGGGCGGCCCCGGAAAGCACGGGCCCCCCGACCAGGCUCCGGCUCAGCUGUACCCUGCACUGGUCCUACCCGCUGCCCCACGCCCGCUGCUUCCGGAUCCACUGUCGCCCAGGGGCCGGCGGUGGCCCUCCCGGCACGGGGCCCGCGGGGCCGGAGAAGCCCACGCUCCUGGGCCUGGCUUUUGCCAACCAGUACCGUGUCGUGGACCUGGCGGUGGCUGAGGCCCAGCCCGGCCAGGACGGCCGCAUGGAGUUCCUGGUGGAGCCGGUUCCCAGGGAGGGGUUCCUGGUGCCGCAGGCCGAGUGGGGCCGGGCGGCCCUGCUGUACUCUGUGCCCAGCACAUGAGCGGACACCGAAGCCCGAAGCCGGCCCCACCGCACGGCCGGGGCUCCUUGCACGCGGGGCCGUGGACUGUGCAGACAGCGGCCCAGGACCUGGGGCCCAUGGCUUUCCGGGUGGGGCCUUGGUGGCAGGAACACCGAGGAGUCGGUGCUCUGGGUGCUGAUUCCCUGAGGUGCCUGGACCCCGCCUUUGUGCAGUCUCUCUCUGCAGCACACAGUUCCCGGGGAAAGUGGGAGGAUUUGGGAAAGUCGAGUCCAGAAAAUUCCAUAAAGGGCGUUUCCUAACAGGC